UAAUACAAUGUAGAUCCAUAAACAGUUACAUUAUGUAUAAAAUAUAAAGCAGCCGUAACCAAAAAAAAUAUGAUUAACAUACUUUCUUACAUAGGAAUGAACUUACAGUCCGAGGUAUGCCUGUGGACGCUCCUUGGACUUUUGCGAACAAUCUUCGACGCCACACUAUUCAAAGUGAAUGCUAAUCUUAAACAGGUAUGGCAAAUGAAGAUGCCUCCGGAGAUGUCACUUCCAGUACAGCGGGCCCUCCGGACGAUGAUCUCUGGCGUGAUGCUGGCCCAAUGCUUCACGGUCUAUGUCUACCUAGCCUCAUACAUAGUACUUCUGUAUCCUGUUUUUUUGGAAGAACGUCCCACCUUAGUGCUGCCAUGGCUCCUGUUAGCUGCGAUAAGAAAUUUACUAUGCGAACUGACGAGCUUAGCACUAGGCCUCGGCACGUGUGUUCUCCUGGGACCUGCUCGACCACCUUGUAUUCGAUUCGUAAUAAUCAAGCUGGCCUCAAUCAUGCCCGCAUUUUAUAUGUGGAUGCUUAAUUUCGGGUAUUACCAUAAUUUGAAAAUGGCAUCUGCAUUCAAAACAUUCCCUGCGGUAUUGCCAGCAAAGGACCUUGAUUACGGAUUAGAAUUAGCUGUACGUAGACGACGAACCAAGUCUUUACAAGGUGAAGAUCAGUUACGCAAAAAACUUAUUGCCAGUCUUUACGCCGAGCAAGUUUUGUUAACAGACAAAAUAAUGACCCCAGUUUUGUCAUGUAUUAAGGAAUCAAAACAAAGUUUACCAAUAGUAAGUCAAGUUACCAGUAAUGCAGAUAUUACGUCUGCCUUAGAUACUCUGUGUCCCAUGUCCGUUACAUCUAACAGAACAAUGUCUGAUAUAGGCACAUACGAAGACUGGUUUGGUAGUGAAGUAGUGGUACCUCGUGAUACAGACCGGAUUCUAGAACAGUUUGUAUUAAUGCUUAUGCGAAUAGGAGCUUAUUUGAAAAAAGAAAACGUAGAAUCUAUAAGGCAUUUAAAUUCACAUUCGCAAGCAGUUUUACUGAGACACAAGCAAGUUGAAUGCACCGCUAUGCCUUCCGAAGAAACUGACACGCCUCCAUUAGUAGGAAAUACUAAGGGGGGAACUGCAUCAUAUUUGCGUGAUUAUCCACAGAUUUUCGGGAAAAAAACAGAUAUUUUGAGUACUUUAAAUACAUCUGAAUUGGCUGAAGUUAAAAGUAGCUCCAGUUCACAAUCUGCAAAAUCUACUAAAGGGGUAUCAACGGAGACUGUGGAGGUGAAAUUUAAAAAUUUGACUAUACAAGAAUCUAGAGACAUGUUCACUUAUUUACAAGAUAAGAAUAAUGUUGAUGAUGUUAGUGAACAAAUCGAUAACGAACAAUUUCUAAAUAACUUAAAGGUAGAUUCAGGUGAUAAAGAUGAAGUAGGAAAUAAUAAAACUAUCAACGAAAUCAGAGACAGUACAGAGCCAAAUCAGAGUGAAAAUAAAAACAAAUUCAAGACCUCCGAACGCAUUUUAAAUCUCAACAAGUAUAAAAGAAAAGAGUCGAAGUAAUUUAAGACACAACCAGCGAGCCCAAGCAAACGUAAUAAUCGGUAAA